UGGACAGGUGUCUGACGAGAGAGGUCCUUUCGGGGGAAGCUAUCUCAAAAACAGUCUAUUAAGAUAGGAUGUACGUCAUCGCGCUGCGUGUACUUAUGUGCUCGCACUAGCGCGCUCUGUCAGACGGCAGUCAAUUGCAUCUUCCUUCAACGUGCUUUGCAACUUGCAUUGGUUUUCGAGAGUUUAUUGAGUUUAUUGUCACACAAGUGUAUUGUCAUACUAAGUCGAGUUAAACUGUACUGUAGUGUAUUUAAACUUGAAUUAAGCUAAAAUUUAAAUUAAGUUAGAUUCCAUUCAGUUAGUUUGAGGUAAACUUAAGGUAAUUUAAGUUACAGCAAGGUAAGUUAAGGUUAGCUUAGGUAAGGUAAGCUAAACUAAGGUAAGUCGUUUUUAAGUAAAGUUAUUAAGAUAAGUUAAACUUUAGUUAGUUAGUUUAAAAGUAAGGUUUAAAAUACUUAACAAUGGCGAGAAUGGCGAAAAUUGCAAUUGUCCAUCAGCUUCUGCAGGAGUGGAUGGAAGAGGAGUGGUGUCAAAUGGAGCAGGAAAGGGGUCAGCGCAGAGCCUACCGUGCAAGGAUAGACAUGCUGGCAGCGUACUCCUUUGAGGGUGGCGUACGGUAUGCCAGCCUGAACAGGGCAGUGCCCCUUCUCCGGCAUUAUUUUGCUGGGGAAGACACUCGCCCUGAUUUCCGGCUCAGCAGAGCAUCCAUAACCGGUCUGCUGCAGCUGCUCAACCAGGAGCGGAGCCAUGGAUGGGGGCCAACCAUAGAGGUCCUGGUGUUUCUGUUUUGGCUGGCCAGCGGUGCGUCGUACCGCGUGGUGUCGAGGGCAUUCGACAUGCCCAGGACCACGGUGCACAACGUCGUCCAUAGGGUCUGUGGCUGUGUGGUCGUGGCGAUGCCAAGGGUGAUCCGGUUACCUUCCACUGCUGAGGGGCAGAGAGAGGUAUCUGAGGGUUUUGCCCGACUGGCUAGGCAUGGGGCUUUUGCCAGGGCCAUGGGAGCCAUUGACGGCUGCCAUGUUCGUAUCAAAUCCCCGGGAGAGCCCCAUGGCCAGGAUUAUUUCAACCGCAAAUUAUUUCCAUCGAUACAGCUGCAGGCGGUGUGUGACCAUGCAGGGCGCUUCAUUGAUGUGUUUGUGGGUUAUCCAGGUUCUGUCCACGACGCCCGGGUCCUGAGGCACAGCCCCCUGUUCCAGUCUGCCGCGUACCCACCCCCUGAUACCUUCUUGUUGGGUGAUGGGGGGUACCCCUGUCUGAUGAGGCCCAUUUCCCUCAUCACACCAUACAAGAACCCACUCAGGGGAGUGGCACAACAGAGGUUUAACACGCAUCAUGCCAGAGCUCGGUCGGUCAUUGAGCGGGCUUUUGGCAUGAUGAAGACCAGGUGGAGGUCCAUCUUUUUCUGUGCCUUGGAGGUGGACGUCUCAUUUGUGCCAGAUGUCAUUGUGUGUUGCACUAUGCUUCACAAUGUAUGUCUGGGCAAUGAUGAUGUCCUACCGGUGGAUGAGGAGGACCCUGAAGAGCCCGUCGGGGGAGAGGACCAUGGCGAAACAUCAAGUGGUGGUGCCCUGCGAGACAGCAUUGCAGAUCAGCUGUCCGCACUUCAGUGUCUUCCAUCGGGACACGAUUAUUGUUAAUAAAUUAUUAUAUAGUUCUUUGAUUAAUAAAUUGUUAUGUAGUUCUUUGAUUGAUACAUUGUUAUAUAGUUCUUUGAUUGAUACAUUGUUAUAUUGUUCUUUGAUUGUAUAUUGUAAUUACAUUAAUUAAGUUAUAACACCGUUCAUGUCGUUGCAGGAACACGGACAGGAGCCUGAAACACCGCACUCACUCCACCCACCCAACUCACUACACUCACUCACACAGAAAUGACCAAGGAGGGUGGUCGCUCCCUGAGCCUGGGCCCUCCCGAGGUUUCUUCCUACAUGGGAGUUUUCCCUCGUCACUGUUGCCCUUGUGCUUGCUUGGGGAGCUUUCCAAUAAAAUACACUUAUUUUAACUUAA